CAAGAAUAGGUGUUAUAUCACAAUCUGUAUAUAGUAACUUCUAAUUGUUAGGACACUUGUUCACACCUAAAACACGUUUUGUUUUCAGUUUGUGUUUGCAUUCAAUAGAAGCGUGCGUUGGUCUUAAUUUUUAUCAUGACUGAUAUGAAAUAUGGAUCAGAUAAUUGCAAAUAUUUUGUAUUGAGAUAGCUCGAGUGUGUUACAAGAGAGUAGGUACUCUCUUUGUCACGUGAAAAUGUCGAGGAAAAGGACCAGAUUUUCACCAUUUUUGAAACAGACCAUCACCACCUUUUUGACUUCAGAAAAUUUUAUGAGAUUCCCAUUGGAAAUCUCGCCUAACUUGAGAUUCAACUCAAGCCAAAGACUUAAUAAUCCUGGACAAUCAUUGCUGUUGCAGUGUUUCGUGACAUCAGCAGUGGGCAUCAACCUGAUCGGGCAUGGGGCUGUGGUGGGCUUCGCUGCAGUCCUGCUGCCGCAGCUGUCCGACCCUCACUCCGACAUACAUACCAGUAAAACUGCUAACUCUUGGAUUGGUAAGAUGUUCUUGCAUGUUCCAGCAUCGGUAAUCGGUAUAACCCUGCUGAUAGGCAGCUUUCUAGCUUCUCCUAUAAUGGGCCGGUAUGGGCGGAAGGUGGCACACUAUACGAUCAGUGUGACAGCACUGGUAGGCUGGUUGACUACCAUCCUGGCUGAUAGUGUCGAGGUGAUCCUUAUUGGAAGAAUCAUUGGCGGGUUAUCAUUUGGCAUGAUGCUGCCACUUCGAUCUAUCCUUAUCGGCGAGUACACCAGCCCGAAAAACAGAGGUGCCUUCCUCACCACUAUAUCUCUUACCCAGGGGUGCGGUAUAUUCUUCGUGCACCUUGUUGGUUCACUCCUCAGUUGGAGACGAACUGCUCUGGUGUGUCUUUUUCUCCCCUUUGUCAGCCUCAUCAUGACACUUUUCACUCCUGAGUCUCCAAGCUGGUUAGUCUCUAAGGGAAGAUACAAUGAGUGCAGAGGAGUAUUUCAUUGGCUUAGAGGUGAUGAAGAAGAAACAGAAUUAGAAGCAAUGAUUGAAGCGAGGGUCAACUUCGAAAAGACCAUGAGGAAUCAAAAGAAAUUAGAUAUUAUAAAGACUGUUCAGAAGCAAGAGUUUUACAAACCAAUCAUACUGAUGGUCCACGUGUACGCCAUGGGACAGCUAUCGGGAGCAGCUACCAUUGCUGCAUACGGCACUACUGUCAUCGAGCUGGUGAUGCACCCUGGGGUCAACUCUAGUGCUUGGAUGAUAGGCCUGGAUAGCCAAAGAGUCAUUGUAAAUACAUUAGCUAUUUUUAUUAUAAAUUGGUUCAAGAGAAGAGCUAUGAUGUGUUCAACAGGGAUACUUUGUGUAGCGAGCCAUUUGGCGAUAGUUGCUUAUGUAUAUUUGAAAGACCAGGACGUUUUAAGCUCUGAGGCUAUUUGGAUCCCGGGUAUACUGCUCAAUAUUCAGUUCUUCUCAGUUUCUUUAGGUAUGGUGCCUCUGCCUAGCGUGAUAGCUGGGGAGGUGUUUCCUCUGGAGUACAGAAGCCUAGCUGGGAGUAUAAGCCAAGCCUCUGUAGCUGGCACUAUGUUUUUAGUGCUCAAAACCUUCCCAGGCCUUGUAGAUAGUAUUGGAAUAACGGGCACCUACUUGGUGUAUGCUGGGUUGCUGACUUACUGUCUCUUUGUGAUAAUGUUUUUGAUGCCAGAAACUAAAGGGAGGACUCUGCAGGAGAUUGAAGAUGGGUACAGAGGAGGAGUCGUGGUUGAGGAAGAAAUGAGGUCAUUAAAGAGUAAUGGGGAGAAUGGAAAGGUUGUGUCUACAGGAACCAAAACUUAAUUUAAUUUAUUUUAAGAAAUGUGUCUAAAUGUAGGUAAUAAAGUAUUUAAGGAUGAG